CCGGGAAACAAACACUCGAAGCCGGGAAACAAACACUCGAAGCCGGGAAACAAACACUCGAAGCCGGGAAACAAACACUCGAAGCCGAGAAACAAACACUCAAAGCCGGGAAACAAACACUCAAAGCCGGGAAACAAACACUCGAAGCCGGGAAACAAACACUCAAAGCCGGGAAACAAACACUCGAAGCCGGGAAACAAACACUCAAAGCCGGGAAACAAACACUCGAAGCCGGAAAACAAGUUCUGAAAGCCGGGAAACAAAUACUGAAAGCCGGGAAACAAAUACUGAAAGCCGGGAAACAAAUACUGAAAGCCGGGAAACAAAUACUGAAAGCCGGGAAACAAAUACUGAAAGCCGGGAAACAAAUACUGAAAGCCGGGAAAGAAACACUCGAAGCCGGGAAACAAAUACUGAAAGCCGGGAAACAAACACUCGAAGCCGGGAAACAAACACUGAAAGCCGGGAAACAAAUACUGAAAGCCAGGAAACAAACACUCGAAGCCGGGAAACAAAUACUGAAAGCCGGGAAACAAACACUCAAAGCCGGGAAACAAACACUCAAAGCCGGGAAACAAAUACUGAAAGCCGGGAAACAAAUACUGAAAGCCGGGAAACAAACACUCGAAGCCGGGAAACAAACACUGAAAGCCGGGAAACAAACACUCAAAGCCGGGAAACAAAUACUGAAAGCCGGGAAACAAAUACUGAAAGCCGGGAAACAAAUACUGAAAGCCGGGAAACAAAUACUGAAAGCCGGGAAACAAAUACUGAAAGCCGGGAAACAAAUACUGAAAGCCGGAAAACAAACACUAAAAGCCGGGAAACAAAUACUGAAAGCCAGGAAACAAACACUCGAAGCUGGGAAACAAACACUGAAAGCCAGGAAACAAAUACUGAAAGCCAGGAAACAAACACUCGAAGCUGGGAAACAAAUACUGAAAGCCGGGAAAGAAACACUCGAAGCCGGGAAACAAAUACUGAAAGCCGGGAAACAAACACUCGAAGCUGGGAAACAAACACUGAAAGCCGGGAAAGAAACACUCGAAGCCGGGAAACAAAUACUGAAAGCCGGGAAAGAAACACUCGAAGCCGGGAAACAAAUACUGAAAGCCGGGAAAGAAACACUCGAAGCCGGGAAACAAAUACUGAAAGCCGGGAAACAAAUACUGAAAGCCAGGAAACAAACACUCGAAGCUGGGAAACAAACACUGAAAGCCGGGAAACAAACACUCGAAGCCGGGAAACAAACACUGAAAGCCGGGAAAGAAACACUCGAAGCCGGGAAACAAACACUGAAAGCCGGGAAACAAAUACUGAAAGCCGGGAAACAAACACUCGAAGCCGGGAAACAAACACUGAAAGCCGGGAAAGAAACACUCGAAGCCGGGAAACAAAUACUGAAAGCCGGGAAACAAAUACUGAAAGCCGGGAAACAAACACUGAAAGCCGGGAAACAAACACUCGAAGCUGGGAAACAAACACUGAAAGCCGGGAAACAAAUACUGAAAGCCGGGAAACAAACACUCGAAGCCGGGAAACAAACACUGAAAGCCGGGAAAGAAAUACUCGAAGCCGGGAAACAAAUACUGAAAGCCGGGAAAGAAACACUCGAA